GAGACGUUCAUCCUGGCAGGGUCCAACGGGCACAACGGAGCCAGAGAGGACGCGGGGCUCAACGGCUUGAACCGCAACCACGUGGAGAAGAGCUCAGGAAUCGCCCGGGUGGCGACGGACAUAAAGCACAAAUGCGCCGCCUACGUGCUGGCCCUGCGGCCUUGGAGCUUCAGCGCUUCCCUGACGCCCGUGGUGCUGGGCAGCGCGCUGGCCUACAAGUCUGAGGGCACGGUGGACUUCGUCAUCCUGCUGGUGUGUGCCGUGGCCGUGCUGGUGGUGCACGGCGCGGGGAACCUGGUGAACACUUACUACGAUUUCUCCAAGGGGAUCGAUCACAAGAAGAGCGAUGACAGGACUCUGGUGGAUCAGAUCCUGGAGCCCCAGGACGUGGUCAUGUUCGGGGCGGUGCUUUACUCCCUCGGGUGCUUGUGUGCCACUCUGCUGUACUUUCUUUCGACGCUGAAGCUGGAACAUCUGGCCCUGAUUUACUUUGGGGGCCUCUCCAGUUCCUUCCUUUAUACCGGAGGUAUUGGGCUGAAAUACGUGGCCCUGGGGGAUGUGGUAAUCCUGAUCACCUUCGGCCCCCUCGCGGUCAUGUUUGCCCACGCGGUGCAGGUGGGUCACCUCUCCGUGCUGCCCCUGGUUUACGCAGUCCCGCUGGCGCUAAACACAGAGGCCAUACUGCACAGCAACAACACGCGGGACAUGGACUCGGACAAACAGGCGGGCAUCGUCACCCUGGCCAUCCUCAUCGGGCCCACGCUGUCCUAUGUGCUGUUCAACUUGCUGCUCUUCGUCCCCUACGUCCUCUUCUGUAUUCUGGCUACCCGCUACACCAUCAGCAUGGCCCUGCCCCUGCUCACCCUUCCAAUGGCCUUCCCGUUGGAGAAGCAGUUCCGAAGCCAGUGCUACUCCAAGAUCCCACAGAAAACCGCGAAACUCAACCUCCUUAUGGGACUUUUCUAUGUCUUUGGAAUAAUACUGGCACCUCGGGGCAGCUUACCACGAUUGUGAAUCCACAUUAUUAUUCUUUUUGUUGUAAUAUCCCCC